GCGGGGCUGGCCGGGCGGCCGGGCCAUGCAGGGCGCAGAGCCGGCGAAGCUCUGCUGAGUCCUGGGUCUGCGCGCCCAGGGGCGGCUGAUGCCCCCCGCGCUCCCCACUACGCUGCCGCAGCCAGGCCGCGUCUGGACUGGGCGCCGCGCGGCGGGGCCAACACCGGGUGAGCAUAGGCCAGACCACAAUGCUGCUCGGGGCGUCUCUGGUGGGGGUGCUGCUGUUCUCCAAACUGGUGCUGAAACUGCCUUGGACCCAGGUGGGGUUCUCCCUGCUGUUUCUCUACCUGGGGUCUGGAGGCUGGCGUUUUGUCCGCAUCUUCGUCAAGACCAUAAGGCGUGAUAUCUUUGGUGGCAUGGUACUCCUGAAGGUCAAGGCAAAGGUCCGGCGGUACCUGCGGGAGCAGCGGACAGUGCCUAUUUUGUUUGCUUCUACGGUACAGCGCCACCCAGACAAGACAGCCUUGAUCUUUGAGGGCACAGACACCCACUGGACCUUCCGCCAGCUGGAUGAUUACUCAAGCAGCGUGGCCAACUUUCUGCAGGCUCGGGGCCUGGCCUCGGGUGAUGUAGCUGCCCUCUUCAUGGAGAACCGCAAUGAGUUUGUGGGCCUGUGGCUGGGCAUGGCCAAGCUGGGCGUGGAGGCGGCCCUCAUCAACACUAACCUCCGACGGGACGCCCUGUGCCACUGCUUGACCACCUCCCAGGCCCGGGUCCUCAUCUUUGGCAGUGAGAUGGCCCCAGCCAUCUUUGAAAUCCAAGCCAGCCUGGACCCCUCGCUCAGCCUCUUCUGCUCUGGCCCCUGGGAGCCCAGCACCCUGCCCGCCAGCACGGAGCACCUGGACCCCCUCCUGGAAGAUGCCCCCAAGCACCUGCCCAGUCGUCCUGACAAGGGCUUCACAGAUAAGCUUUUCUACAUCUACACAUCGGGCACCACAGGGCUGCCCAAAGCUGCCAUUGUGGUACAUAGCAGGUAUUACCGCAUGGCUGCCCUGGUGUACUAUGGAUUCCGGAUGCGGCCCGAUGACAUUGUCUAUGACUGCCUGCCCCUCUACCACUCAGCAGGGAACAUCGUGGGAAUAGGGCAGUGCCUGCUCCAUGGCAUGACAGUGGUGAUCCGGAAGAAGUUCUCAGCCUCCCGGUUCUGGGACGACUGUAUCAAGUACAACUGCACAAUUGUGCAGUACAUCGGCGAGCUGUGCCGCUACCUCCUGAACCAGCCGCCCCGGGAAGCGGAACACCAGCAUCGGGUGCGCAUGGCACUUGGCAACGGCCUCCGCCAGUCCAUCUGGACCGACUUUUCUAGCCGUUUCCACAUCCCCCAAGUGGCUGAGUUCUAUGGGGCCACUGAAUGUAACUGCAGUGUGGGCAACUUCGACAGCCAGGUGGGGGCCUGUGGCUUCAACAGCCGCAUCCUGUCCUUUGUGUACCCCAUCCGGCUGGUACGAGUCAACGAGGACACCAUGGAACUGAUCCGGGGGCCCAAUGGUGUCUGCCUUCCCUGCCAGCCAGGUGAGCCAGGCCAGCUAGUGGGCCGCAUCAUUCAGCAGGACCCCCUGCGGCGCUUUGAUGGCUAUCUGAACCAGGGUGCCAGCAAUAAGAAGAUCGCCAAGGACGUUUUCCAAAAGGGGGACCAGGCCUACCUCACUGGUGAUGUGCUGGUGAUGGAUGAGCUGGGCUACCUGUACUUCCGAGACCGCACAGGAGACACGUUCCGCUGGAAAGGGGAGAAUGUAUCCACCACAGAGGUGGAGGGCACACUCAGCCGCCUGCUGGACAUGACCGAUGUGGCAGUGUAUGGUGUCGAGGUGCCAGGAACUGAGGGCCGGGCUGGAAUGGCUGCUGUGGCCAACUCUGCUGGCAGCUGUGACCUGGAGCACUUUGCACAGCUCUUAGAGAAGGAGCUGCCCCUGUACGCCCGCCCCAUCUUCCUGCGCUUCCUUCCUGAGCUGCACAAAACAGGGACCUUCAAGCUACAGAAGAUGGAGCUUCGGAAGGAAGGUUUUAACCCGGCAGUUGUGAGAGACCCACUGUUUUACCUGGAUGCCCGGAAGGGCCGCUACGUCCCGCUGGACCAGAAGGCCUACGCCCGCAUCCAGGCGGGCGAGGAGAAGCUGUGAUUUGUCCUGACUCCCUCUAAGGGCCAGCGGGUGCUGGAUCCAGAGCCCCAGCUCCCACCCCAGAGGGGUCAUGGGCAAUGCUAGACCAAAGCAAGCAGGGCCCAGCACCUCCACCCCGAGGUGCUGACCCCCUCCCCCUCAAAACUGCCAAGUGACUCACUGCCGCCUCCUCCUGCCCAUCAUGAGGCUUUCUGUGAAAGCCUCAAGUCCAUGUUAUGUCUUCAAGGCAGGUGGGGCCACCAGGCCCCAGGCUGAGACAGACUGGGUCCCUCAGGAUGAUGUCUUGGGUCAGGGCAGGGGCAGGUGGAGCGUCGCCAAAUACUCCCCAGAGAGCAGGGAGCUUGUAAAUGGGACGAGGCCCAAAGCCCCCAGACUCAGGAAGGCAGCAGAGUGGGCAGGGCCUACAGUGGCUAUUGAUCAGGUGGCCAUGAGGAUACUGGCCCCAGAGCUUUUCCAGUGUCACUCAAGAUUGCCUGCACCUCCAGGACCAUAGGAGGAGGACCCCGACCUGCAGCAGGCAGCCUGGACUGAGUGCCCCACCACCAUCCUCCUCUCCUAGGUGGCUGCUUGGCCACCUCUUGGGCGGGACCUUUCUCCUUGUAGGUCUGUCCAUGUUACUUUCUCCAUCUCAGUCCUGGGCUGGCUAUGAGAGAAGGGGUGGGGGUGGGGGCAUCGCUCAGGGGCCAAUAAACUGCCUUGACUCCCCCUA